UUAUCCUAAACUUUUUCUCUUUUUAUUAUAUUCCUAUAUAUAUACUUGAUUAUUUUUUAAGUGAAUAUUUGUUCUUCUUAUCAAAAAGUAACCAAACCCCAAUUAAAUUUUUUGAUCUUUGGUCUUCUAUGUUUAUAUAAAUAUAAUUACUUGACAAAGAUCUUCACUUUCUCUUUCUCUGUCUCUCUAUCUUCUUCAAUCUCUCUUUACAACACUUCUAAUAAUCACCCAGUUUCUUCUUUGGGAGACUUUCAUUCUAUUUUAUCUUUCUAUUUUUGCACCUUCAUUUCCUUAAUUUCUAUAUUCUUUAGAAAUUGAUGAAAGGUAAUCGUUUGUUUUAUUUGUAUCAACUGUUUCAAGCUCCAUUAUCGGAUCAGUUUCAGUCAUGGCAUCAAGAUCAUAUACAAGCUUUCUGGACUUAGCAGCUUCAUCUGGAGGGUUUCUGGAUUUACCUCAGACUCCCAGAACCCUUCCUAAGGUGAUGACUGUCCCGGGUGGUAUACCUGGUACUGACUCCUGUGAAGGUCAAGAUACAAGUACAGAUUCUUCCUCAUCAGGAUAUCGUGAAAGAAAAAUUGUAGUGGCGAAUUUUCUCCCAAUAAACGCGGUAAAGGACCCUAAAUCUGGUAAAUGGAGCUUUAGUUUUGAUGAAGAUUCCCUUUACUUGCAUCUGAAGGAUGGAUUCUCUCCUGAAACUGAAGUUUUCUAUGUGGGCUCAUUGAAAGUGGAUGUUGAUGCUAGGGAGCAAGAGGAAGUUGCCCAAACCUUGCUCGAGGAUUUCUGUUGUGUGCCUACAUUUCUCCCAACAGAUUUGCAGAAGAAGUUCUAUCAUGGGUUCUGCAAGCAAUAUCUUUGGCCUCUCUUCCACUACAUGCUGCCUAUGUCCCCUGAUCACGGGUCCCGCUUUGAUCGCGGGCUAUGGCAAGCCUAUGUUUCAGCAAAUAAGAAGUUUGCUGACAAGGUUGUGGAGAUACUAAACCCCGAGGAUGACUUUGUGUGGGUCCACGACUACCAUCUCAUACUGCUACCCACAUUUUUAAGAAGGCGGUUCUACAGAGUUAAGCUAGGGUUCUUUCUACAUAGCCCAUUUCCUUCAUCUGAAAUUUAUCGGACUUUGCCGGUUAGAGAUGAAAUCUUAAAAGCGUUUCUUAACUCAGAUUUAGUCGGCUUUCACACAUUCGAUUAUGCUCGGCAUUUUCUCUCAUGUUGUAGCAGACUGCUCGGUUUGGACUAUGAAUCCAAGCGGGGAUAUCUUGGGAUUGAUUAUUUUGGCCGAACAGUAUAUGUUAAGAUAUUACCUGUUGGAGUGCAGCUCCGUCGCCUUGAAGUUGCAAUGAACCAUCCUUCUGCAUCUGUUAAGGUCAAAGAGAUCCAAAAGCAAUUUGAUCAGAAAAAGUUGAUUUUAGGUGUUGAUGACAUGGAUAUAUUUAAAGGAAUCAGUCUCAAAUUGCUGGCUGUUGAGCAUCUUUUGCAGCAACAUCCUGAGUUGCAGGGAAAAAUUGUCCUGGUCCAAAUAGUCAACCCUGCAAGAAGUACAGGCAAGGAUGUUCAGGAAGCAAAGUCUGAAACAUAUAUGAUAACGAAGAGGAUCAACAAGAAGUAUGGCUUUCCAGGAUAUGAACCUGUCAUCUUGAUCGACCGUCCGAUGUCUGUUUUCGAGAAAACUGCUUAUUAUGCAAUGGCAGAAUGCUGCAUUGUGAAUGCAGUGAGGGAUGGAUUAAACCUAACUCCAUAUAAAUACAUCAUCUGUAGACAAGGAUCUCCAAAAAUUGAUGAAGCAAUGGGAGUUUCCUCGGGAGAAGCUCGUUCUAGUACGCUUGUUGUCUCGGAAUUUGUUGGUUGCUCGCCAUCUCUUAGUGGUGCUAUCAGGGUUAAUCCCUGGAACAUUGAGGCUGUUGCUGAUGCAUUAAAGAUGGCCAUAAGUAUGUCUGAUCUAGAGAAGCGGUUGAGGCAUGAGAAGCAUUACCGGUAUGUUAGCUCUCAUGAUGUGGCCUAUUGGUCCCGCAGUUUUGUGCAGGAUUUAGAGCGGGCGUGUAAGGACCACUACAACAAACGUUGUUGGGGAAUUGGUUUUGGGCUGAGUUUCAGGGUUCUUGCUCUCUCUCCAUCCUUCAGAAAGCUCUCUGUUGAAUAUAUAGUUUCUUCAUAUAAGAAGACAAAGAGGAGGGCAAUAUUUCUGGAUUAUGAUGGAACUGUUGUAUCUGAUAUGUCCAUUGUCAAAACUCCAAGCCCUGAGCUGAUAUCUAUUCUGAACAACCUUUGUGAUGACCCAAAAAAUACUGUUUUCAUUGUUAGUGGCAGGGGACGUGAUCCUUUAGGCGAAUGGUUAUCCCCUUGUAAAAAGUUGGGAAUAGCUGCUGAACAUGGAUACUUUUUGAGGUGGAACCAGAACCAUGAUUGGGAAAUUAGCUCAGUAACUGUAGAUAAUGAUUGGAAACGAAUGGCAGAGCCUGUGAUGCAGCUUUAUACAGAGGCGACAGAUGGUUCCUACAUAGAAAAGAAGGAGAGUGCUAUAGUAUGGCACCAUCAAGACGCUGACCCUGAUUUUGGUUCUUGUCAGGCAAAAGAAAUGUUGGAUCAUCUUGAAAAUGUCCUUUCUAACGAGCCUGUCAUUGUUACGCGGGGACACAAUAUUGUUGAAGUUAAGCCUCAGGGAGUUAGCAAAGGGUUGGUGGCAGAGAGAGUACUUUCGGAAUUGACAACUGAUGGUAAACCACCAGAUUUCCUGUUGUGCAUAGGUGAUGAUCUUUCCGAUGAAGACAUGUUUGAAAGUAUAGUGAGCAAAGCUUCCUGUCCAUCUUCUGGUAUUGUGCCUGAGGUUUUCGCUUGCACCGUUGGUCAAAAACCGAGCAAGGCUAAGUACUAUUUGAAUGACACAAAACAUGUGAUGAGACUCCUUCAAGGCUUGGCUAAUGCUUCAAGCGGGAAACCCGAGUGCAAUCUGGAAACACAAGUCUCGUUCGAGAGCUCUGGUUAAGUUGUUGCUUGGUUCCAAACCGAUAUACAGGAUUCUUUGAAUGGUAGGAAUGUGCAAGUUUUUUGGUUUUUGGGGUUGGUAUGGUAAAAAUCGGGGUGUAAUUUUAGGUUUUUGGAGGUUUAGAUGUUGAUAUGGGGGGUUAGAUUGCCUGGAUAACCCAAAAAAAGGAAAGAAAAAAAGGUUUGUAUAUGUUUUCUUUGAUGGAUCUUUCUCAUACAGGAAAACUUUAAUAUUCUGAUACAAUAGAUUACAAAAAGUUCAUACCACCCUGCUAAUCUUGUUCUGAUGGAACCUUUGUAAAUAUUUCCCAUAUUUAAAGAAUUUUUCUUAGUAUC